AUGGCUAAGAAACUGCAAAUGUGCGGUACUGAAGAGGAGAUGCGAGAAGUUGCAGGCAGGAUAUGCAGGAACUACCUCCAUGGUGCUUGGAAGACGGUGGACCCGUGUGAGCUGGACUUCAGAAGGAUAAGCGGAGGUCUAUCGAAUUUUCUGUACUACGUAGCGCUGCCAUCAGACACAUCGAAACUUAGCAGUUACGCGCGAGAGAACUCGCCGGAGACUGAGGAGGCUCGUAUCAAUAAGAAACCGUUGCUCAGCUCGCAUUCCUUCUCCUUGGAUGAACCCAAAAAGGUAUUAUUACGGAUAUACGGACAAGUUCACGGCGAGCGUGCAAUGGACGCGAUAGUUACGGAGUCGGUCAUCUUCACGCUGCUCUCGGAGAGGCGGCUGGGGCCCAAACUGCACGGCGUGUUCUCUGGUGGCAGGAUCGAGCAGUAUAUACCGGCGAGAUCUCUCUUAACAAAAGAACUGUCCGAGCCGGCGUUGUCAAUGAAAAUAGCGGAGAAAAUGGCCGCCAUACACUCCAUGGACGUGCCGUUGUCCAAAGAGCCUAACUGGUUGUGGAAAACCAUGGGGAAAUGGAUGAAAACGGUGAAAGAGGACAGGCUGUCUUCCAACGUGACUGCCAAGAACGAAGAAGAGCAAAAUAUAAUAAAACAGCUGAAAUCAAUAGAUUUUGAUAAAGAAGUGGAGUGGUUAAAAAAGUUUUUAGCUACAGUGGAGUCUCCUGUUGUUUUCUGUCAUAAUGAUAUGCAGGAAGGCAACAUCCUAAUGCUAGAAGACGAAGUACAAUCGACUUCAGACGACGAAUUCACAUACGACGAACCGAAGAAGAGUGAAUUCGUCUUAACUCAGUUCGACGAUACGAACACGUCGGACUCUAUAAUCAGUCAUAUUUCGGAUUCUGGCGAGCCUAAGCUUGUUUUGAUUGAUUUUGAAUAUUGUGCAUACAAUUACCGUGGUUUCGACAUCGCCAACCAUUUCCAAGAGUGGUCGUAUGAUUAUACGAACCCGGAACAUCCAUUUUACUAUGAAAAUCAAGAGAAUAGCCCCACACUUGAGCAAAAGGAAAUUUUCAUCAAGGAGUAUUUGAAACAUUACCACGCCAAUUUAUCUGAAGAUAAAGACGUUCAACCAACAAUAGAGGAGAUAAACCAGUUGUUAAAUGAAGUGGACGCCUUCGCCCUAGCGAGCCAUCUUUUCUGGUGUCUAUGGUCGAUCGUAAAUGCGUCAAAAAGCCAAAUCCCCUUCGGAUAUUGGGAAUACGCUAUAUCCAGACUAGACACAUACCAACGUCUAAAACAGGAGGUUAUCAAAAAGGACAAAUUCGGUUUUCCGCAGAAAAGGAAAAUUUGCGAAGUGGACAUA